AUGAAACAACUCGUCCGGGCAGCCCCUGGUUUUAUCAAUAGGCCCUGCCCUCCCAUAUAUCAAAGCAUUCAUAGGGAUUCCUUAGAUAUCUUGCGAAAUGGAGAUUGUGUGCUUUCUGUAGUGAGCGCGUGGAAAUGUGUGCUUCGGAUGUUUCAUAUCGGCUGCGGUCGGGAAAAGGAGUUGAAGGUGAGCUUGUUCGAUAUCGUUGAUUCCAACGAUGAAGCUGAUGCAUUGAAACGGAUGUACGAACAGUUUAAGCCAAUUUGCUCAUCUUGCUUUACUAUGUGCUUAUGGGCAAGGAAAGUGGUGGAACGAUACCUCCAAUAG